CAACAAGAAAAACCUGAACAGAUUUCUCAAAAACCAGAUAAUAAUAAUAAUGAUGACAAUCAACAACAACAACAACCAUUACAAGAUGAUAAAUUACCAAAACAACCGGAAAUAAUCAAACGAACAGCAUUGAAUGAACCAGAAUCCAAGCCAGAACCAAAACAGCCCAAAAAAGAAGAAAAAGAAUCAACAAAAUCGGUGAUGGCGAUUAGUGACGAUCAAACAAAAAUUGAUCCAAAAUCUUUGUCAAAAUUCAAAGAUGAUUUAAAA